AUGGUUUUCUUCACUGUUCGCGCCUUUCAACCUCAGCUGCGUCGCUUUCUCCAGCGACAGUUGUUUAAUUGCAAAAUCCCGAUAUUAGGUGAACGGUUGGCUAUCAGUGCUUUCCUUGGAUUCAUCUGGAUUAGCAGCCUAUUCGGCAUUAUCGUAGGCGUCUGGUGGAUUCGCCUGCGAGACUAUUUCGAGAACAGGGGUCAGGAAAAUGGCGUUUUUGGGGGAAACCACCGUCUCGCUGCGAUUGCAUUGACAGGUCACCUAUGCGAUGUCACAAUGGGAAUGGUCCUCAUCCCGGUUUCCCGACACAGCGCACUUGCGUCCUUCUUCAAACUCUCCGUCUCAACCACGCUUACUUUUCAUAUGCUGACGGCAUAUACUCUUUUUGUCCUUGUCCUGAUCCACGGAUUCCUUUAUGUAUCCUGGGUGCCCACCUUCAACUCUCUCUCAGAGAGGCUUCGGACUGUAUUUCCUGUGUUCAACCCAACAUAUCUAUACAAUGAGACUUGGCCAGGUAACUCGUCAGCCUUGGGUGUCUGGAGAGCUUCCCUUAUUUUCACCGGUAUCGUUUCCACCAUGAUAAUGGGUCUCAUUUUUGUCACCACGCUACCGAGAAUUCGAGCGAAACAUUUCAAUCUCUUUUACUUUACUCACCUCCUGAGCAUUGUGGCCGUCGUCAUAAUUUGUCUACACGCCAGUACGAUCUUAUAUUGUGUGGCUCCAGGACUAGCCAUGUGGGUGCUCGACUGGGGUAUGCGGCUAUAUGAAUUGAGAGAGUGUUUGCCAGGCGAGGUGACACAUCUCGGACAAGGAUGGUAUUGCAUCAAUAUGCUACUCCCUCGACACCGACUCGACGGCUGUGCGUGCAAGUCCCCUGUUGCGCAUUUUUACAUUCGCCACUCAAAAUCAUCCGUCCGGGAGCUCCAUCCUUUCACAACUAUUACCCCUCUGGCUUAUCAGAAAACUAUUGUUUCCGAGUUCCGAGAUGAUAUUCCGAUCCAAUUCCUCUUCCGUAAAAGUGGGAAUAUGGACAACCUUCCUGGGCCACAGUUUAAGAACAAAAAGCGGCCUAUCUGGUUCCACAAAUCAGCAGAGCCGAUCUUCCAGUGGACUGAAAAGCUAGCUAAUCUCGCCGAUCAACGCAAAUCAUUAUCAAGAUCUGGAGAGGAUAGCAGUGUCAACCAGUCAAUCGGCCCACCUUUUAUCGAGCUCGCGAAUAAGAACCUAGUAUCCAGUUAUCCGUCGGAAGAGCUGGCCCUUUCUCUCCGGCUUGAAGGGCCGUAUUUCUCGGAGGCAGAUCCCUCCCGGUACAGGACAGUCGUGUGUUUUGUCGCCGGUACAGGAGUGAGUGGAGCUAUAGCCAUAGCCCGUGCCUUUCUCGAACAGAAGAGGCAAGAAACAACAGCUCUUACAACUUGCCGUGGAUCACAAGCCAAUGAUGGAAGCAACGCUCCCCCUAUAUGGGAGAGGUAG